AUGGCACUGCCCGAGCUACCGGAGGGCUUGGACCCCUUGCUCCUGGAGGCGGAGCUUGAGGAGCGCCUGCGGCAGCACGAGGUGCAACGUCUCGUGCACGCUGGGGAUGACAGCGCAGCACAGCAGCAGAUGCGGGUGCCGGGAAAGGAGGGUGAAAAGCAAAGCUUCGCCUCCUUGGCAAACCAAGCUUAUCGAUCGAUGAUGAAGAUGUUGGAGAGCUCCAACUUUCCUGAUGCACCGCGGGUAGAUGUCCUCAUGAGGAUCAAUGCCAUCUUCAUGUUCUUGGCCACCUGCGUAUGUUGGAGCCUGCCAGAGCCAGACGAGCGAUUAGAGGAAGUCCUCUCAUGGCUCAUGGGGGCACAAGGCCUACAAGAUGUCAUCAAAGAGUGGCAUGCCGAUUGCAAACUCCGCAAGGGGAGGGAUAUGUCAGCAGAUGGCAAAGUCCGAUUGCAGGCUGCCUUCGAUGCCUUGUUGGAGGUUGCCCAACAGAUGUCCCAAAACGCGAUCGUGGAGCCGGACGUGGCGGAUCCACUUCGCCCAGCGCCAGGGGACCCUCGGAAGCUGGUGGCGCUCUUCGCGAAGCCACGCCUCAAGGAGGCAGAUGUUCCUUCGGACCUUUUUGGCGCGCCCCAAGCGACCGGUGCACUGCUGCAGUUCUCCCUGCAGGGCUGUACGGCCAUGUUGGCAGAGCUCCGUGCAGCCUACGCGGAGCCAGACUUUCACCGAGAGUACAUGAAGCUUCGAAACUCACCUUCAGCUCAUGGUCAGCAUGUGGAGUUUACCCUCCAAAGGCAGGCAAAAGUCUUGGAGAAGUAUGGUUUCGAGCCAUCGCUGCGUGGUGUCAUCGAGAUGAGGGCGCAGACCAGGGCUUGCACUUGGGAUGCCGUGAUCCUCAAGCUGUUGCGAGAUAUCCAUGCAUUGCUGGAGGCCAGGAAACCUUUGCCCAAGCGGAUGCCCUGGAGCUUCCAGUCUGGCUGGCGGCCGGGAGUCUUGAUGCCAGGUGCUUCAAAGGUGCAACUGGUGCAGAGCAGCUGGGACACUGGCGAACGGAUGACGGCGGUCGAAGCGCCCCAAGUGGAGGCGGAUUUCGGCUUCCAGGGCCCUGUCAUGGAGGUCGACUUGGACCUACCUGAGCAGGAGAUCCUGGGAUUCGGCGCUGCUUUCACCGAAGCCAGCGCCUUGGUCUUCCAGGGCCUGGCGCCUUACCUGCAGCACGAGCUGCUGGACCUCUACUUCGGAGAGGACGGCAUUGGCUUCACCCUGGGCCGUGUACAUAUCAACAGCUGUGAUUUUUCCUUGGGGAACUAUUGCUUUGACCCCGUGGAGGACGAUUUCGACCUGGAACACUUCGACCUCCAGGUCACCCGCGACGGCAAGGCGCUGAUCCCCUUGAUCCGCGACGCGACCGCGCGGGUGGACACCGCGGGGGGCGCAGGCGCUCGGGAGCUGCGGCUGGUGGCGAGUCCUUGGAGUCCUCCGGCGUGGAUGAAGAGCGGGAAGAAGAUGAACGGCUCAGAGAAGCCCGGGCUGAGAGCUGAGUGCCAGGAGGUCUGGGCUGGAUACAUUGCCAAGUGGAUCACGGCCUACCGCCGGCAACACGUGAAGAUCUGGGCGGUGACCGUGCAAAACGAACCGGAACACAAUGCCCCUUGGGAGGCCUGCUGCUACACAGCCCAGGAGGAGGCAGACUUUGUGGCGAAGCACUUGGGUCCGACCCUGCGAGCGAUGCAUCCGGAUGUGGGCAUCUUUGUGUAUGACCACAACAAGGAUCACAUCUACGAAUGGGCCCGUGAAUCUUUGAGUCACCCACAAGCGCGACCCUUCAUACGUGGGGUGGCCUUUCACUGGUAUGCGGGCGACCACUUCGAGAAGCUUCGGAAGACCCACGAGGAAUUCCCGGAGGCCAUUCUACUGUCCACCGAGGCUUGCUAUGAGCGGCAUCGCUGGCGGCCCGGCACGCAGAUUUCUGAGGGCGAUUGGAGCUUCGGGGAAGGCUAUGCUCAUGACAUCAUGGGCAACCUGAACGCGGGCGCCGUGGGGUGGAUCGACUGGAACAUGCUUCUGGACGACACGGGGGGCCCGAACCACGUGGGGAAUGUGUGUGAUGCACCGAUGAUGGCAAGCGUCACGGACCAGGAGCUGCACCUGCAUCCACAAUUUUUCUUCUUGGGCCAUUUCUCCAAAUACAUUCCUCCAGGCUCAAAACGCCUUUGCUCCCGCGUCCUGGGCACACCCAGCUGUACCAGCUCAUCCCGCGGCUAUGGCACCUGCACCGCGCAGGAUGGCCUACAGGGCUGCGCCUUCCGACGCCCGGACGGUGCUGUCGUCCUGGUGCUGCUGAACGCUGCCAACCUCUUCGUGAACUUCCAACUGCGGCUCCGCAAUGGUCCCGAUGCUCCGAUCCGGGCGCUCCGGGCGUCGAUUCCGGCACGCUCGGUGCAGACGUACUUGCUGCCGCAUUCGGAGGAGAGACAGAAAAAGGAAUGCGCUGAAAGGAGCUGUGAGGGUCAUGGAAAAGAGGUGCAGAUCAAUUUGAUUUAA